GUGCCGGUACCUGGCGGUCCAGCUGUCCCCAGCCAUCCCCGUGUUCGCAGCGGUUCUCUUCCUGUUCGCCAUGGCUACACUCCUGCGGGCCAGCUUCAGCGAUCCCGGGGUGAUCCCCAGAGCCCUGCCGGACGAGGCUGCCUUCAUCGAGAUGGCCACCAACGGGACCGUGCCGCAGGGUCAGCGCCCGCCCCCGCGGAUUAAAAACUUCCAGAUCAACAACCAGAUAGUGAAGCUGAAGUACUGCUACACGUGUAAGAUCUUCCGUCCGCCCCGUGCCUCUCACUGCAGCAUCUGCGACAACUGCGUGGAGCGCUUCGACCAUCACUGUCCCUGGGUGGGCAACUGCGUGGGGAAGAGGAACUACCGCUAUUUCUACCUCUUCAUCCUCUCGCUCUCACUCCUCACCAUCUACAUCUUCACCUUCAACAUAGUCUACGUAGCACUGAAAUCUCUGAAGAUUGGGUUUCUGAACACGUUGAAGGAAACCCCGGGGACUGUACUGGAGGUGCUCAUCUGUUUCUUCACCCUGUGGUCGGUGGUGGGGUUAACUGGGUUCCACACCUUCCUGGUGGCACUGAAUCAGACAACCAACGAAGACAUUAAGGGAAGCUGGCUCCGGCGGGUGCGCGGGUCUCUGAUGGUGCGGUUCUGUCCUCGCAGCGUCUUGGACAGACGGGGCAUCUUGCAGCAAGAGGAGAGCACAGCUCAGGAGGAGUCGAGCCCGCGGGGGCCCGGCGCUCAGGAGCCCCCCGCUGCUCCGGGCCCUGGGGAGCAGGCGGAGGAGAGCAGCGCUGCGCAGAAGGACGGCAGCCUUCCUCACCCCAGCGCCGUCCCUGCGCCGUCGCUGAGCAGCGCUGAGAUGCCGGAGGAGAAGCAGCUAACAUCUGGGGAGCUCCCGGUCCCGUCCCAGGACGCUGGGCAGGCAGAGCACUAGCCUCUGCUUGGAAGGGAGAACUUUCUUGUUU